AUGAAGUACACAACCGCACUCACCUUCCUCCUCGCCUUCGGGCCUGCGACCAGCGUCCUCGCUGCUCCUCUGACCCAGGGACCUGCCUCAGCCCUGACGGCUGGUCCUGCUCCUGAAGGACAAGCUCCUCCCGGGGGACGACCCGCUCCUGGAGGACCUGCUCCUAGCGGACAAGCUGCUCCCGGGGGACAACCCGCAGGAUCUACUGCCGGAGGGCAAACUGCUCCGGCGCCGAGUGGCUCGUCGUCGGAGGCAUUGAAUGGAGCCUCGAUGGGAAAUGAAGGUGUGUUAGACAAGGUUGAGAAGAUUUUGAAGGAUCUCGCCAGCGGUCUGCGCAAGAGAAGCAUCAUUGAAGAAGUCGGACAGGCUGCAAAGUUGACCUUGGAUAGCACCAGCAAGCUCCUCAACGGCGAAAGCUCCGGCAGUCAGAGCUCUUACAACACCCAGUCCACUGAUCCAGAUGCCCUGCCUUCUUCAGGUUCCACGACUGGCAACAACCAAGCUACCUCUGCUACAGGUCCAACUCCUCCAACUCCGCCAGCACCAGUGUCGAAGGGUUCCUCCUCUGGCUCCUCAUCUGGUUCUGGCUCCGGCUCCGGCUCCGGCUCCCAACUCAGCAAACUCCUUAGUGGCCGCUCUCUUACUGACGAAAUCGACCCCCUCAACACCUCCGGCUCAACAGCACCCAUUUCCAGCUCCGCUGGUGAACCUUCUUUCCCUGGUUCUCCUGUCCACGCAACCAAGGGAUCCAAUCCUGUAGGAAGCGUCGCCCCUCUCGAUACACAGAAGCAGAACACCGAGGAGGACAAGAAGGAGAAGGAAGGCCCCAACAACGGAACUGCUGCCACUGAUCCACUCUACCUUACACCUGAAGAAAUCGAGGCGCUGGAGACGGUGCUUGCGUCUCAGUCCCAGGGUCAGGCCAAGGGCAAGGGCGAGGGAGCCGGUGCCGGUGUGCCUGGGUUGAGCAACGCGUAA